CCGCCAUUUCCCAUGAGCAAGCGGCCAUGCAAAGCGCCGUUGGUGGUCGUCCACCACGCUGGCAUCGUCGCCCACAUCGCCCAGUGCUUGGCCUUGACUAAGGACGUCCUCUCACUGCUCGAGGCGCUGCCACGUCGUGCGCUCGACGCGCCAUUGGUCGCGCUCCGGACGCUCGUGGCGACGCCCAAUGCUUUGGACGAUGAGCACUGGCCGCACGUGUGCAUUGAAGACAUCGAUUGUCCGUCCAUCCCGACGGUCCUUACAGCGCUGCCGACGUUUUGCUCGGUCCACGUCAAGUAUUUUGGCAAGCUCAGCGACAAGCUACGCGACGCCAGCAGCGCGCCCGCGAGAGCCCCGCACGCAGCAGCCAUUGACGUCGCCACCAAGUGGGGCCACAAAAUCACGUCCUUUGACGCCACGCUGGGGCCAAAAGCCAAUCAAGUCGAUGCGCUCACGCGCAUCAUUCGACUUUGCACAGGCCUUGUGUCGAUCUACGCCCGCCCCGUCGGCAGGCUGGACCCUUCGGGUGCGCAGGACACUUCGUUUCUCGCAGCAGUCCUCCACGCUGCGACACACGCCGAACACGUUGCUCUAUUCUCGCCAGACGAAGCCGAGUACAACUGCGGGGAUUGGCGACCUCUUCUCGGCACCUCAAACUCGAGAGCGUUUGUGUCGACGCUCGUUGAUGUCUCGGCGCUUUCUGUGCUGACGCUCGCGGCCAACUUUGAAGCCGACUAUUCCUUUGCUCUCACGCUGCUGCCGCGUCUCGUCAAGCUGCAAGAGCUCACGCUCGACAGAUGCAUGCUCGAACCCAUGCCCAGUUUGCGACACACGCCGUGCCGCUUGCGGAAGCUAACGCUACUAUUCUGCACCAUCGAUGACGGCGUGUGUCUGGAUCUAUUUGAUUGGGCGUCGCAGUCGCCGCGCCUCGAGACUAUCUGGCUCAAUAACUGCGACACGGUGAGCUCCAAGCCUGUGCUUUUCGGCCGCUAUCUUCGCCGAUGGAUCGCAGCCGGCGUCACAUCUGUCACUCUCGAGUCGUGCGAAUUGAACGAGCCGAGCGUCAUUGCCAUUGCCGCCGCGCUCUGUGACGCGCACCGGGCAUCGCCGUUUGAGCUCAACUUUGGUGGCAGUACCGAAAGGCUGCGCGAUGAGUGGUACGAGGUGCUUUUGGAGGCGCUUGCCACGUGCACGGGCGUCUCGAUUCAAGGAUUACUGCUGCCCUACGACCAAGUGGCUCCAGUUGAAGCGUGGGCAAACGAGCUGCACUUGCGUACGAGUCGAGCGCAACAGCUAUUACCAUCGGGUCUACGAGUCGAGCGCGGUAGCUAACAUCAUGUCUGCAUCCACAGCCCCCAGUCGAUUUGAUCAAAUGCAA